AGUUGCACAUCGCACUUACGCGGCUGAUUUUGAAUAAACUGCUGUGAUAAUAAUUUAUAGAAAUACAUUCCAACAUUCGUCGAUCGCGUGUAAGAGAAUUGAUAGCGAUAUUUAACUACAUUCGUUUAUUUAUUUCCGCGUGAAGUGUGCUGCCGAGAUAUGAGUAGUGGAUUGGACUUUUUGAGCGGGUCUCUGAGGGCACCCGACAGUUCCUGCAUCGGGUCCGGACCUUAUAAAAAUUUCAAUAAGCACAAAAUCAAUGAAGUCAAAUCAUGCCCCAGCGAAUUGUCGCCAGGAACCAAUAGGUUGUUGCCGCCAAAUAAAAAAAGAAUACAAACUAAACCAUUUCCUAUAAGAGGCGAAAGAGUGAACUAUGUGAACAGCCCCCAUGUGAUCGCUAUGGUGGGUCUUCCAGCCAGAGGCAAGACCUACAUAUCCAAGAAGCUGUCCCGAUACCUGAACUGGAUAGGUAUCAACACCAAGGUGUUCAAUCUAGGAGAGUACAGGAGGCACGCGACAUCAGCAUACAAAAACCACGAUUUUUUCAGGCCCGAUAAUGCCGAGGCGAUGGCCAUCAGGACCCAAUGCGCCAACGAAGCCCUGCAUGACGUGUGCCAGUGGCUGGAAAGCGGGGGGGAAGUGGCCGUUUUCGACGGCACCAAUUCCACCAAGGACAGGCGGAAGCUCAUCCAGGACUACGUGGUCAACAAAAUGGGCUUCAAAUUGUUCUUCGUCGAAUCGUAUUGUGAUGAUCCUGGAAUCAUCGAGCAAAAUAUAAUGGAAGUGAAAGUGAGCAGCCCGGAUUACACGAACAUGAAUAAAGAUGCGGCGUUGGCCGAUUUUCUACAGAGAAUCGAACACUACGAGGAGAAGUACUGCUCUUUGGACGAGGAACGAGAAAAGGACGUGUCGUUCAUGAAAAUAUACAAUACCGGCCAAAAAGUUGUCGUGCACAAGCACGAGGGACAUGUCCAAGCUAGGAUCGUUUACUAUCUGAUGAAUAUUCACAUCACACCCAGGACGAUUUAUUUGACACGGCAUGGUGAAAGUGAACAGAACUUAUUGGGACGAAUCGGAGGAGACUCAGAUUUGAGUGCGAGAGGCAGAAAAUACGCCGACUCUUUGGCGAAUUACAUUCAAGAACAAAAGAUAGACGGUCUGAGAAUUUGGACUUCUUGGCUCAAAAGGACAAUCCAGACGGUCUCCGGCCUGAACGUACCUCAGGAGAGAUGGAAGGCUCUCAACGAAAUAGACGCUGGCGUCUGCGAAGAGAUGACCUACGAGGAGAUCAACGAGAGGUACCCGGAAGAGUUCGCGUCCAGAGACGUGAACAAGUUCGCUUAUCGGUACCCGCGAGGGGAGAGCUACGAGGACCUGGUGGCCCGUUUAGAGCCCGUAAUCAUGGAGCUGGAAAGGCAAGGGAACGUGCUGGUCGUGUCGCACCAGGCGGUGAUAAGGUGCUUGCUGGCGUACUUUUUGAAUAAGGGCGCAGAUGAAUUGCCUUAUUUGGAGGUGCCGUUGCAUACAAUAAUAAAACUGACACCUGUUGCUUAUGGAUGCCGGGUGGAGCAAAUCCCGCUAAAAAUACCGGCUGUAGACACUCACCGAUCGAAACCGAAAGUUCCUGGUGAGCUGGAGGAAAAAUUCAUCCUGAAAAAUAAACAAAAUGUUUCUACUUGAAUCUACUGGGUGUCAAAAAAGUUCAUGUACCUAUUUUAGUCUUUAAUGACGCGAUUUAUUUUCCCUUCGGUUUCAGUCGAAGGGUGUACCUAGUGUGUACAGAAUAUUGAGAAAUUUAGAAGGAACCAAUACGAGAAUUAUUAAUAUAUACAUUAUUUCAAUACAUAUUUUAUAUAAUACUCUACUCAAUUCCUGAAUGUCUUGUCCCUAUAUCUAUGAUUAUUAUAAUCAAUAUGAAUGUUGUAAAUCUAUUGUUGAAUAAAUAUAUAUUUUAUUUUA